AUGAGCGAAUCGGCUCAGGUGCAGGGCAUUGUGUCCUCUACAUCCGAUUGCAUUCCCUCAGAGCCCAAGGCUCCGUCAAUUGCCCCCUCAUUGACCUACUCUGAAGAGUCAGACGACCAAGACGAGCCUACAACCCGAGUCCAACCCCGCCAACGCCGUGCCUCCACGAGGCUAAUUGCGCAAAAUGCUCGCGAUAUCCAGCGCAUUACCGGCGAGACGACUGCCGAAUUCGUCGGUCGCUGCUGCGGUGGUGGCUGCUGUUUGAUGGGAGGCUCCCGCCGCGCCGGUAUCGAAUACGAGUCUGUUCCUCUACCCGACAAUGAUGCCUUCCGAUCACUCGGCCUCAAGAUUGGCGAUAUUCCUACCGCAUUGACCAAGAUUGCCGAUAUGCCUGAGAAGACUAUUUCGUUCAAAUCAAUCUCCAAACCAAGAAGUGCUCCGUCUCCUACCGACUCUGCCAUAUCUCUUGGCUUCGAUCGCGACUCCAAUCCCAAUGGUUCAGCCAAUGUGUUAGACAAGGACAGUCUGGCCCAGAAGCUGUCCCCUAUCGACACCGCAAUUCAGCCUCCGAGAUUUGUCCAACCGCAUCCUCCAUACCAUGUUUAUCCAGCCAAGAUUCAUACCGCUCGGGAGUUGACCAAGGAUGGAGCCGAGAAGCGCACAUAUCAUUUCGAUCUUGACAUCACCGACUAUCCAGUGGAGGAUGGCACGGAUUUCAAAGUUGGCGGUGCCAUCGGCGUCAUGGCUCCCAACUGUGACUUGGUGGUUGAAGAUGUCCUUGACACGUUGAUGGUGCCUCGUUUCAUCCGAGACAAGCCUGUAUUGUUGACCACAACCAAAGGCAGAUACCCAACAGUUUGGGGUGAUGACAAGCCACGAGAAUUAGUGACCACUCGUCGAGAUCUCCUAACGUGGUGCACCGACCUUCAGUCAUACCCUCCCACAAAGCCUCUUCUCAGAGUUCUUGCUGAGCAUGCUACAGCAGACAACGAGAAGAAGAUUCUGCUGUUCCUCUGUUCCUCCGAAGGUCAAGGAACGUUUUGCGAUUUCCGAACCGGACCCCACAUUACGGUUUCUCAGCUACUGAACGCAUUCCCCACCUCUCAUCCACCUCUGGAUGAGAUGUUGUCAUGUCUGCAACCCCUGAUGCCGCGCUUUUACUCCCUGUCUAAUGAUCCCCAUGAGUCCUUCCAGAUUCGUGAUCAGAAGCAGCACCGUCUCAUUGAGAUUGCCGUCACAGUUCAUGAGACCAAUGACUGGAAGAGGGGCUGCCGCACUGGUAUUGGAUCCGGGUAUUUCGAGAGACAAGCCCGACGAUAUAUCAAGGCGCUGGAGUCCGGAGAAAAGACUCCUGAGUUUUACAUUCCUAUGUUCAAGGGCUUGAUGGCCAACCCUUUGGCGAAGCAAUUCAACUCAGACGGCCCAAUGCUACUCAUUGGCGCUGGUGUCGGCAUUGCUCCUUUCCGUGGCUUCGUACAGCGGCGGCUGAAGCAAGCUAACUGUGCCAACAAAGUCUGGGUUUUGCAAGGUAUCCGCGAUUCGCUAGUGGAUGAAAUUUACAGUGGCGAAUGGGGCGUGCACGAAGACGAAGUAAAGCGAGUCGUGCAGAGCCGUCGGGGUGAAGGCCGAUAUGUACAGGAGGAGGUGCGAAAUCAAGCCGACCUCGUUUGGUACAUUGCCAACUCAGUGGACGGUCGUAUCUUUGUCUGCGGAAGCUCCAAGGGCAUGGGUGAAGGCGUCGAGGAUUCUCUUAUCGAUGUCGCCAUGUCCAAGGGGAACCUGGAGCGCGAGGAAGCCAAUAAUUUCUGGCAACUCAAAAAGGAAGCAGGCCAAUACAUUGCUGAGACUUGGUAA